AUGUCUGGUCGCGGUAAGGGUGGUGAAGGCUUGGGAAAGGGAGGUGCCAAGCGCCAUUGUAAAGUGCUUCAGGAUAACAUCCAGGGUAUAACCAAGUCAGCUAUUCGUCGCUUGGCUCGAAGCGGGUGUGUGAAGCGUAUUUCGGGGUUGAUCUACAAAGAGACCUGUGGAGUGCUGAAGGUGUUUGUCAAGAAUGUGAUCAGUGAUGCUGUCACUUACACUGAACAUGCCAAGCGAAAGACUGUAAUGGCUAUGGAUGUGGUUUAUGCUCUGAAGCGCCAGGGUCGUACUCUCUACGGUUUUGGUGGCUAAACAAGUCACUAAAGUCAACAGGACAACUGUCCAACCUAAGUACCAAUAACGCAAGGUCCUGAUGAAUAAGUAGUAAGUGAUCAUGUAAUUAAGACCAGUAUCAUAUUACAUAAGUACAAGGAGUCGACUUUAAGGUUGCACAGACACA